AUGCAAGGGAGAAAUUUCUUGUGUGUUGGCAUUGCUCUCUAUGUUUCCUCGCACUUUCUACUCCAACAAUCAUUCAAUGGAGGUUCUCCCCUGGACAAUAAUAAUGCCGAUUUUUGGUCAUGGAGCACUCUUGACGUUCCAAUCACAAAGACAGUAGGACAGCCUAGCAAGGAGGAUGAGGCGUCAUCAACAUCAUUAGUGGAUACAACGAGACAACAUCCUCAUGCAGGUGCUCGAUUUCCCAAUGGAUCGUAUGGGUAUAUUGCUGACGUGACUAUGGUGCGACAGCAAAUGCUCAAGUCUCUGGAGCAAAACUCCAACCAAGAACAUACUAUUGACGUGAUGUCAUACCUUCCCUUGAACUCGGAAGAGUUGGAGACAGUGUGCAAUUCAGAGCCCAGGGAACCAUCCUUGGAACGAAAAGCUGGUUGGAGGCUACUACGUCGCAUGAAAGUGAACGAAACGACACUUCCGUCCAUAAAUUUACCACCUGGGAGCAAGCUUCUGUGUGCAAUUUACACGUAUGAAAAGAAACACAAAGCAGUCAAGGCCAUUGGAGAGACUUGGGGCUGGCGAUGCGACGGAUUCUUUGCUGCAUCUACCACAACGGUGACGGACCCCACGGAGCCAGGUCUUGGAGCCAUUGAUUUACCACACAAGGGAAAGGAAGAGUAUGAAAACAUGUGGCAGAAGGUGCGAUCGAUAUGGGCUUAUGCAUAUGACAAUUAUAUCGAGGACUUUGACUACUUUUAUCUGGCGGGUGAUGACACCCAUGUGAUUGUGGAAAACUUAAGAGCCUAUCUUGAAUCGCUUGGUCCAAGAGCAAAAAGCGAGCCACUCUAUUUGGGCCAUUGGAUUCCUGAUAUUAGUGGGCAAACAGGUGACUAUUUUUGCGGAGGGGGCGCAGGGUAUCUACUCAACAAGAAAGCAUUACGAAUGCUGGUGAAGGACAUUUUUCCAAGGUGCAGGCCCAAGCUGCAGACACAUGCCGAAGAUAGAACUAUUGGAGAGUGCUUCCGCAAGUUUGGCAUUCUUGGAAAUCGCAGCGUUGAUGCAUUUGGCUCUCAGCUAUUUCAUGGCUCUGAUCCACAUUUUAUAUCACACUACAAAGGCGACAAGGGAUACUAUCAGCAAGUCUACGACUUUUGGGGAAAACAUUUCGGUCACAAGACGGGUUUAGCCUAUCACCUCUUGAGGGGACCGAUGAAAAUGAAGAGGCACCAUGCCAUUAUCUACAAGAGUUGCCCACAAGGAACACUAUUAGGAGAUUUGAUGUGA